GAUUUCAAAAUUUUUUCUUUUUUUGCGUAUAUACGUACGAAUUGAAAUAAAACUGUAAGUUACAAUUGAAAUUAAACAACUCUGGGCUUCUGUUUUAUUAUGUUAACAAAUCAAGUAAAUGUGAAAGAUGCUGUUCGAAAAGAAUUUUUAAAAACAAAGAAAUUUUUUAAGAGAUUAAGAACGACAAAGAAAUAGCAAAUUAAAAAACAAAUGCUUUUUUGAAAACAGUUAUUCAUUAACUUUUUUAAUUUUGAUUACUAAAUAUUUGAAAGCGUAGUUUUAUUUUAUUCAAAUGACAUUGAUCGACAGCAAACUGGCGUUAUUGAUAACUGGACUAUCUAUUUUUCCUUUACACAUUAUUGGACUCUAUGUCUUAUCAAGAAACAAAGCGUCACUCGAUAAAAUUCAAGUUGUAUUUCUUUUUAACAUUUGUUUAGUUGAGGCUCAGAUGAUAUUUUUUAAGAAUUUGGAAGUAUUGCUUAAUUUGUUAAAACCAGAGAAAGAAGAAGCUUACGAAGCAGAGAACUAUGUUAGCAUUUACUUAAAUAUCGGUUGCUGCUUUCCUUAUUACAUUACGAUGUUGCUGUAUACGUUAAAUAGAUUUUCUGAGCUAUACCUUAACCUCAGAUACAAUUUAUAUUGGACCGUGAAACGUGUCAAAAGAUCAAUUAUAAUAAGUUGGGGGUUAGCUGUAAGUGCAAGUAUUUGUUUUAUGGCUUCAAAAGUAAAGAUAGACAAGAUUUACUGUAUAAGUUAUAAAUAUGUUUUCCCAAUAUUGAAUUCCUUAGCGGCAUUGUUAAUAUCUUCAACAUAUCUUUACAUUAGUUAUAAAUGCUAUCACUUUCUAAAAAAAAGUAAGGUUAUCAAAGCGCAGUUAAAACAAAAUGCAUUUUUAGGAAAACAAUCAUUUCCCGUUAGAAAAAGAACUUUACGCAGAUAUUUAAUGCCAACCAUAUUUAUACUUAACUUUUCAGUUUUUAUUGUAAUACCAGACUCCAUAUAUUGUUAUAAGUAUUUAGCAGAAAAAAAAAUCGAGGAGUCUUUCAAAAUAUUUGUUGGUUUAUCUUAUUUUAUUGGAUUUUUUACCGAUGCGUUUAUUUAUAUUUUUCUAUCUCCGGUCAUUAGAGCUAAUUUGCUUAAAAAACUUACAUCGAAAAAGAAGUUCUGCAAAGGAUAUAACAUAAGCAUAAUUACACAAAAUGCAACGUCACAAAUAGUGUUUUUAAAUGAGUAUAAAAAGAGUUACAAAGAAGGUGCUUACAAAACAAACUUUUGUUAAACAGAUUUUAAAAUGAAUUUAUUUGUUAUUUGAAUAUGGUUUUAUAACAUCUUAAAUAAUUACUGCUACGUUUAAAUAUUAAUAAAAAUUGUAAACACGUUUAUAGAAAAACAUGCAAACAAUAUAAAAUAUAAAUGUAAAAAUUGAAUAGAUCACUUUAAAUAUGAAUUUAUGGAAAGUUUAAGAUCAAUCGUAUGUUACGAUGUUAAUAUUUGACGCUACAAUAUUAAUGUUUGACAACCAAAA